GCUGAGCCGGAAGUGGCGGCGCAGGGCGAUGGCGGAGAAGUUCGACUCGCUGGAGGAGCAGCUGGAGAAGUUCGUGGAGAACAUCCGGCAGCUCGGCAUCAUCGUCAGCGACUUCCAGCCCAGCAGCCAGGCCGGGCUCAACCAGAAGCUGAAUUUUAUGGUUACAGGCUUGCAAGAUAUUGACAAGUGCCGACAGCAACUUCAUGAUAUAAGCGUACCUUUAGAGGUUUUUGAAUACAUAGAUCAAGGUCGUAAUCCCCAGCUUUACACUAAAGAGUGUUUGGAAAGGGCUUUGGCUAAAAAUGAACAAGUAAAAGGCAAAAUUGACACAAUGAAGAAAUUUAAAAGCCUAUUGAUUCAAGAGCUGACUAAAGUCUUCCCAGAAGACAUGGCCAAGUACAAAGCUAUUCGAGGAGAAGAACCUCCUCCUUAAGACUGCCUUUGGUCACUUAUAUAACUCAUGAAUGCCACACUUGCACGUGCAGCAUCUGCAACUGUUCUAGCUCCUGUUUAUAUUUAAUAAAACUAGAAACAGCAAUGUUGGCGAUACAAGUUUUCCUAAUUAACAAAAGAGAUGGUAGGAAUACAGGUGAGUUAAGGCAGUAUAAAUUCCAGAUUGCAAUAAGUAUACAUACUCUUAAAUUACAUUCAUUUAUUUUUAGCCAUAUUAUCUUUUUUGGUUUAUCCUUCCUCAAAUGGUUCUAUUAUUAAUCUGAAACAAAUAAGUUCACUUCCCAAAUUCUUUUCUAAUCAACCACAAUAAUGAGUAUUUGCCUUCUCAGUAUAGUUAAACUAUCUUAUUUAUAGUUAUAAAUUUUAAACAUAUCUACUUUGUUUAAUUUCAGUCAACUUACACAUUUACAUAAAACUAAUAGACAUGUAGGGAAUGUCGUCAUUUUGAAUUUACACCUGAAUCCAGUUUUUAAAUCAGAAUUGAAAUCUUUCAGUUUGAAACUGUGCUCAAAGAUGCAAUGGAUCCAACUCUGUGUCAUUACCUCUUGAAUUUUAAAUCUAUUUUGGUUUAUAAAACUCUGUGGUAAAGAAUAUAAACAUAAAAUAAUAUAGAAUAUAAACACAAAGUCUUCCACUUACCUCCAAGGGACACUUUUUUGUUGUUGUUGUUGUUCAUAGAGACAAGCAGUAUAUUCUCCCAAUCCUCUGGAAAAGACUUGUUUAAUUGUUUUCUUAUUCUUGCCUCACAUGGUUUUAAAAUGCCCUGUAAGAGAAAAAUGUGAUCAUGGUGUAUCUCUAGCUAACCAUUGAUCUGACUAUUUUGUCACUUACUCAUGAUGUUCCCUAUUGGGGCCAAAAUCUAGUUCUAUAUAUACAAUCAUAAAAGACUAGGGUUGGAAGGGACCUCAGGAGGUCAUCUAGUUCAACCCCCUGCUCAAAGCAGGACCUACCUAAAUCAUCCUAGCCAGGGCUUUGUCAAGCUGGGCCUUAAAAACCUCUAAGGAUGGAGAUUCCGCUACCUCCCUGGGUAACUCAUUCUAGUGCUUCACUGUCCUCCUAAUGAAAUAGUUUUCCUCAUAUCCAACCUAGACCUCCCUCAUUGCAACUUGAAACCAUUGCUCCUUGUUCUGUCAUCUGCCGCCACUGAGAACAGCCUAACUCCAUCCUCUUUGGAACCCCCCUUCAGGUACUUGAAGGCUGCUAUCAGAUCCCCCCCUCCCUCUUCUCUUCUGCAGACUAAAUAAUCCCAGUUACCUCAGUCUCUCCUAGUAAGUCAUGUGCCCCAGCCCCCUAAUCAUUUUCAUUGCCCUCUGCUGGACUCUCUCCAAUUUGUCCACAUCCCUUCAGUAGAGGGAGGACGAAAACUGAACAUGAUACUCCAGGAGUUGCCUCAUCAGUGCUGAAUAGAGGGAAAUAAUCACUUCCCUCGAUCUGCUAGCAAUGCUCCUACUAAUGCAGCCCAAUAUGCUGUUAGCCUUCUUCGCAACAAGCGCACACUGUUGACUCAUAUCCAACUUCUCAUCCACUGUAAUCUCCAGGUCCUUUUUUGCAGAACUGCUCCUUAGCUACUUCGUCCCCUGUCUGUAGCAGUGCAUGGGAUUCUUCUGUCCUAAGUGCAGGACUCUGCACUUUUUAUUUUUAGAACAUAAGAACGGCUGUACCAGGUCAGACCAAAGGUCCAUCUAGCCCAGUAUCCUGUCUACCAACAGUGGCCAAUGCCAAGUGCCCCAGAGGGAGUGGACCUAACAGGCAAUGAUCAAGUGAUCUCUCACCUGCCUGAAACAGAGGCUAGGGACACCAUUCUUUACCCAUCCUGGCUAAUAGCUAUUAAUGGACUUAACCAACAUGAAUUUAUCCAGUUCUCUUUUAAAUGCUGUUAUAGUCCUAGCCUUCACAACCUCCUCAGGUAAGGAGUUCCACAAGUUGACUGUGCGCUGUGUGAAGAAGAACGUCCUUGUAUUUGUUUCAAACCUGCCACCUAUUAAUUUCAUUUAGUGACCCCUCGUUCUUGUAUUGUGGGAAUAAGUAAAUAACUUUUCCUUAUUCACUUUCUCCACAUCACUCAUGAUUUUAUAUUUGUUGAACCUAUUCAGAUUUCUUUUGGGACAAUCCUCCAAUUUGUCUAAGUCACUCUGGACCCUAUCCCUACCCUCCAGCAUAUCUACCUCUCCCACUCAACUUAAUGUCAUCUGUGAAUUUGCUGAGGGUGCAGUCCAUCCCAUCAUCCAGAUCAUGAAUGAAGAUGUUGAACAAAACCGGCCCAGGAUUGACCCCUCAGCCAUUCCACUUGAUACCGACAGCGAACCAGACAUUUGAUCACUAGCUGUUGAGCCUGACAAUCUAGCCACUUUCUGUCCACCUUAUAUCCAAUCCAUAUUUUUUUUAACUUGCUGGCAAGAAUACUGUGGGAGACAGUAUCAAAACCUUUGCUAAAGUCAAGUUAUAGCUCCCAUUUCUUAUGAUUUUUGUAAGCAAUAUUAACUGAAAAAGUAAGAAAAUGAGAUGGCUUAAGUUUCAUUUUUCUUGUAAUUGUGCGAAGGAUGUUAGCUCACUUUUUCGUAUUAAGCAUGUUUAUACCCUUCUUUCAAUUGAUCAUUUGUUAAAAUUGAAUAGUGAGGUGGUCACUUUUUAAAAAAUAUCCCUCACAAUUACUGAUUUAUUUCAUACCUUUCCAUAAUUCCAGCACACUGGAAAUCCAGUGAUUUCCUGUGAAUAUUUUUGAUUUAUUAGAUAAUCAGUUAUUGUUCAAGAUGACAUAAUGAUGGUUGUUUGCCAUGGUCACCAUUUUUCAGUUGAUAACCAUUUGAUCCAAUCCAGCAGUCUAAUUCUAGGUGAAGCUGGCAGUGCUGCCUAUACUUAGUUAUCUAACACUUUCCAUUAUAAGACCCUGUUUUCAGUUGCUUAUAACUUUAACCAACUGUGCUGAAAUUUUCCAUGCUGGGUGUUUGCCUCAGGCUACGUUUUAUUUUGAAUGUUCAGUUAUUUCUGAUAAGGAGGACAGAGAUCAUUAUUUAAGAUUGAGCUGUCUUUGCCAAUGUUUUUUAAACAAUUUUAUGCUUCAGUAGGGAUUUGGAUAAUAUCUUUGGGGCAGAGACCAUCUUUGGCAUAUAUUUGUAUAGUGCCCAGUACAGUAGGGUCCUACUCCAUGACAGGGGCUCCUAGGUGGGUCAUCUUGUGGUCAGAAAUGCCUUUUCCUGUCCCUGUGAAAAUCUGUCCUUAUGCUGCCAAAUUAUAGACCUCUGAAAACUGCCGUUUGCACACUUGAGUAGAACAGGAGCAGAAGGGACAAGAACAGAAGAGGAUAGAUUUUUGGGGAGGUCACGGGUGGAAGACAUGUUAGGGAGGAGGAGCAGAAAUAGUUUGUAACACUACCCUCUGUAUUCCGGAGUCCAGUAUUCUUGAGUCCCUACACUUUUCUGCUAACAAUAAAUAGCUGUGAAACUCAUAAUGUCUGCAUUAUGGUAGUCGUCAUGAUUACAUAGUGAUUUUUCUGUGGGAUCAGGCCUCAUUCAGUGCACAGUUUGGAUGGUGGAAAGGAAUGAAUCCAGAAUGUAGUAAAUGAAUUGGAAGCUGUGUAAUUAAAAGAGGCAGCUAGUGAAAAGAUCUUCUUGUAAUUAAGCAAAGAGUCCUGUGGCACCUUAUAGACUAACAGACGUAUUGGAGCAUGAGCUUUCGUGGGUGAAUAUCCACUUCAUUGGAUGCAUGUCUUGUAAUUAAGGCAGUCAAGUGUGCCCUGGGAGAAUAGGAUUCAAUCCCUGCCUUUGCCAAGAGUCCUCAUGUAAUACUGGGAAAGUCACAAACCUUCACAGGUAGCUUCUAUGCAUUCCUCACUUUCUGGGUGUUGGUGUCACUAGGUAGAAAUCUCCUUGCUUAAGGCCUAUGCUAAGGCCUAUGUGAACCAAAGUACCGCCAUGUUAGAAGCCUUUGUGUUAGCCUCACUAAACUUGUGUAACCUUUUGUACUAAAAUGUGACUGUAACUUUCUGUACUAAUGUGCUGACUGUAACCACCUGUGUUAUAAGCUAACUGCUAAAACAAUAGGGCCGUAGUUAGCAGGGUCGGCUAAUACUAGACACUGCUCAUACUAGAUAAGAUAAAUGAAAAGCAGAUGUGAUGGCCAAGGCCAUGUGCAUGAGAAAGUAGCCCACACAAUGAACAGCAUAGAAAAAAAGAUACAAGGGGGGGGUAUAAAUACUAGUGCCCUGCCUGUGUGCAGUUUGCAGGAUUUAAGAUUGUUAUUUCUCCCUUGCACCUUAUUUGAGCUCAAAUAAACUUGGUCGUUUGCUUCUCCACCCUGGUGUGUUCAUUGGCGCUAAGCACUCUAGGCAAUGUACCCCACUGUUGCUUGCCUCUGGCACUUUGUGUGUCGGCAACAUGGGUGUCCAAUUUUGAGAUAUUUAAAACCUGAUUUGCAAAAGUGCUGAGCACUCUAACUGAAAUCAGUGUAAGUUAUUCUUUGAACAGCCCAAGGCAUCCCAAACUGGGCACCUCAAAAAAGUGAACUUGAUUAUUUUGACCUAAAUCUCUGUAUAUCACUUCCCCAUUUUACAGCUGGGAAUAAUUAUACCAACUCACAGGUGUGGUUGAGAUAAAUUAAAAUUUGUGAAGCAUUCAGAUGUUGACAGUGAGCACUAGAGAAAAGCCUAUAAGCAAAUAUAUAAUUUUUUAUUUGGUGCAGGGUUUGCAUGAUUUGUGGUAAAUAAGGCUGCAUAUUGAACAGUGAGGGUAAAACAAAAUAUUGAACAGCUAUUAACUGGCCUGCAUCCAUCCUGUACAUUGAAUGAGGCAGAGGUCCUGUAGAAAUCCUGUAAUUAAAAGCUGAAUCAUGAUGCAUAUGCAGAAGGGGAAUGACCCAGGAAAUCUUAUUCUGGCAUUUUCUAAGUUUUUGAGUGGUUGACUUUGCAACCUUAGUCGUCUUUUAAUGUAAUAUAAAAAAAAUUACAAUGUACUUAAAAGUAGUACAACCAUAGCCUUAGCAAGACUGGGCCUUCAUUUUCCUCUGAGCUGUAAUGACUCGUGUCUCAGUUUCAUGUAAAUCUUAACAUUGAUUCAGUUGAUUCUGCCUAUUUCUUGGGGAUUAAUCAUGGGAAGAACUGGUACCAAAAUACAGGUUGACCCUCUCAUUUGGCACUCCCUGGUCUGGCAACAUCCAUGGUCUGGCAUAGGUGCUGACUCUGUGGGUGUUCUGGGGCUAGAGCACUCACGGGGAAAAAUUAGUGAAUGCGGAGCAUCCACAGGCACCAAACACCCCCCCUUGGCCCUGUGUUUACCAACCGCUCCUCCCUCCCAGUGCUUCCAGAGCUCUGCGAACAGCUGAUUCGUGGCGUUCAAGCUCCGGGAGGGUGUGGGAGGACCUGGGGCCAGCAUCGGAGCCCCUGGGUGAGAGGCCAGUGGCUGGGACCUAGGGCUGGCAUUGGAGCCUGUGGGCGGGGAGCCACACUGGGCGCCAAGCCUGCGGGUGCUGCAGCACCCCCCACGCUCCUAUUUCCCUUGUUUAUGGAGACCUGCUGGCACUCUGCAUUGACUUCCUGUGGUUCAGCAAAUUCUCUGAUUCUGCACCAGUCAGGUCCCGAGGGUGCUGGACUAGAGAGGUUCAACCUGUAGUAUCUUUUGAGAGUAUUCACUUUGUUACUGCCUAGUAAUGAUAGGAGCCAAAUAUCCCAUUUAUGAUCUUUUUAUUAAAUUAGUUGCUGUGAUUAUCUUCAGAUGAGAAUCUUCAGUCUGGCAUUUUGUCCUACUUUUUACCCAAACUCCUUUUUCAUCAAUUUUUAUUCACGCCAACAUCUUGUUUACUGCUGCUUUGCCAAAAAUUGAACCACAUUCUCUUAUGGCGUUGAAUAAUUCAGGGAUUGAUUAUGAAGUGUUCGAAGUACACAUCUUUUGCAUAAAGGCAAGUUUUCUGAUACUUCCUAUUUUUUUCAUUUGUUACUGGUUACUUAUGAGUUUAGUGAAAUAAUUGACAGGGUGAGAAGUGUGGGUGUUGUUGCUGCUGGUCUCAGGAGCUCCUGUGUAUUGGCACCAGCAGGGAGUACAGCUUGCUGAUUCAGCAGACCUCAGUGUUCAUAAAGAAAGACCACCAACUUGGUUUGGUGGCGAAGGUGCUUGGCCAGGUUUAUUGUUGACAAAGCACAGUCCUAGUACCCCAGCUCAAUCAACAUAGCAUGAUACUGUCCCCUAGGCCAAUACAAAGUGGUCCCUCUGACUUCUGUUAUACAUUGAUACAAACAAGUCACCUAUUACACUCUAGGGAUAUGUCUUCGCUACUGGCCGGAUCAGCGGGCAGCAAUCAAUCCAGCGGGGAUCGAUUAUCGUGUCUAGUCUUGAUGCGAUAAAUUGAUCCCUGAGCGCUCUCCCGUUGACUCCUGUACUCCAGCUCGGCGAGAGGCACAGGCAGAGUUGACGGGGGAGCGGCAGCCUUCGACUCACCAUAGUGAAGAUACCACGGUAAGUUGAUCUAAGUACGUUGACUUCAGCUACAAUAGUCACGUAGCUGAAGUUGCGUAAUGUAGAUUGAUUUCUCUCCCCUUCCCUCCCCCUAGUGUAGAUCAGGCCUAGAUGUUGUUAGUUACCAGCCUUAUACUCCCUAGUUUGAACAAAACGGAGGUCUGUGUCUCUGUAACAUCUCAAGUGUUUGUUUACCUAGUUACUGGAGAGGUCUGGGUUUUCUAGUACUAUCCUCGCUGGUCAGAAAUGUGCUUACUUGGUUAGCUAAUACCUGGUGUGUCGCUAUUCUGCCAAGGCUAAGUCCACUUUGGUUCAUACCUCCAAGGCUUACAAGAGUAAAUCUGAAAAAUGAUUUAAAAGUAAAUAAAUUACAUCUUGAAUUCUAGCCAUUGACUUGUCUUUCAGCCUUGGCAGAAGGAGAGGGUUGUUUGGCAGCAUUCGUACUAUGAAUUCUACCAAGAAACCUGUUUUGCCUAAGGCAGAAUACAUUGGAAAAAUAAAACAAGCUUUUUAAUCAAAAUAUAAAAUAUUGCUGUUCGAGGGACACAGGCUAGCCUACAUUUUUAGACACUUUUAAUGUUAAAAUCUUGUACAACUUGUAUACUUUCAAACAUUUAAUGAUAUUGGUCUGUGAAAGGCGUGAUUUAUUUUGUCCACUCCUUCCUUCAGGAUCAAAUAGUGGAAAUCCUCCAUGCAUUGGGCAGUUUGUUUCUUUGUAUAUCAUCAGGAAUUUCUUCCAAAAUAAACAAAGAUACAGAUUUUAAAAUAAAUUACAUUACACCCAUCAGGGUGUGGUGGUUUAUUUUUCAAGUAAUUGUUUGGUAAUUCUUUCUGAAAAUUUUAUGUUCUGUGUGUUCUGAGUUAACUUUUUUUUUUAAUGCUUUUGAGCUUAUUCAGAUAAGAGUAAAAGCUUUUAUUCUUUUCUGACUCUACUUGUCCUUUUCCAUGUAAACUUUAGUUGAAUGCAGUAAUGCUUCAGCAACAUUCAUCUUUGUGCAUUUCAAAUGAAAAUCAACUCUUCCCCCCCCCCCAAAAAAAAAAACAAAACAAAACCCCAAAACAAAACAUCAACGCUGGAACAGGCAUCUAUAAGUGAUAAUAAGUAGGCUAAGUCUUCUGGCUUUGUUUCCAUGUUCAAAGUACUCUUGCUUAGCAUACAAUGUAGCCAGUUUUAUUGGUUAGUGUGGUGAGCAACUAGUCUCUAAUUUCAAAAACAAAACACUUAAUUUGAAAAACAGGCCUGCUUAAACUUUUGCGUGUAAGGAAAUGAACAAUUAAGCUGCCCACACAAAUGAGUUAAAGUACAGAAAUGCAUGUAUCAUCACAACUUUGAAAGCAAGGAGUUUUUGUUUGAAGUUACAAGCUGGGAGGUCAAUAUGGUCUGAACUACAGAGAAGCGUAUUUUGUUUUGUUUGUUUUUUGUUGUGUGUGGUUAUUUUUUUAAAUAUAUAUAAUCUCCUCCAACCAGGGUGGAUGGAUGGAUAGGUUUAAUUACCAAUUAAAAUCAGCAAGUAGAAAAUCUUGAUAUAAAUCAGUUUUAAUCAUGUUUUCCAUUUGUAUUUUGUAGUUAUUUUCCUAAGCGUUUUUCAUUGCUGAUUUAAUUUGAAACUAAAUGCAGUUUUUACACUAGAUUUGACACCACUUUUGUUAACCAGGAGGAUACAUUAACUAUACAUUUAACAUACUUUUGUUCAGAUUCUUGAUUUCUGCAUUUUUAUUGUUAAAUUUACUAGAUAAUUAACUUUUUACUUGUGAUUUGUAUCAAGCUGCAUUUAGAUGGAAACGAAUUCAAUUAAAUUGUACAGACAGCAUUUUAAAAGUUUUAUUAACUAACAAAAUGUACUGGAUACAUACAACAGAUGAAACGAAGUGUUUCUGUACAUCAGAGCUGAAAGUACUGACAUUUGAAACAGAAUAUUAGCAUUAACUGCAUUGUAAAGAGUGAAAAUGAUGUAUGUAUUUUGUGCACUACAUGACAAAAUGUACCAUAUUAAUAAAGCUUGACCUUAAGUUA